AUGCCGGACUUCAAGUUGGCAGUGGACAAGAACAACAAGGCAACAGAAUUGGCGUUGCUUCGCGUAUGUGGCACGGUUCAGCAGAAUCCGCACAUGAGGGCAUUCUGGGCUUCCACCAUUUCCUUCUUCCUAGCCUUCUUGGGCUGGUUUGCCCUGGCACCUUUGGCGCUCGAGGUGGCCACCAGCAUGGGCACGUGUGAGAAUCAACUCUACCCACCAGAAGACAACCCCAAGCGGGUGGCCUACCUGAAGUACAAGUCACUCAAGACAGGCAAAGCGUACUGCCAGUACGGCAAGAAUGAUGACACCAAUCCCACAGACUGCAAUCCCGUGCCACAGGACAUUUUAGCGAGUGGGACUGCAGACGAGAAGAUGCAGUACCGACCAGGGGUGCUGGCGGACUGUGUUUGCACCCCGGGAACUGAGUGCAAAGACAUCAUCGCAAAUGCAGGAGUGACUGCUGUGGCAUCGACCAUUUUUGUACGCAUCGCACUCGGUACGUUGUUGGAGCGAUUUGGGCCUGUGAAUGUCCAAUCAGGCCUGAUGACCUUUGGAGCUUUCUGGGUUGCAAUGGCUGCAGCCAUUACAGCGCCCUGGAACUACACCUUAAUCCGCUUCUUCAUUGGGUGCGCAGGAGCUUUGAUGUCGCUGCAGGCUUGGAAUGGCUUGGAUGAUUCUGGAAAAGUUGUGAGCAAACAUGGAAGCUUCGCAGCCAUUUUUGUCAUUUUUCGAGACUCAAGCGGCAGUUGCAGUCGGCCCGCCUUCGCAAAAAACAUGCCGGACUUCAAGUUGGCAGUGGACAAGAACAACAAGGCAACAGAAUUGGCGUUGCUUCGCGUAUGUGGCACAGUUCAGCAGAAUCCGCACAUGAGGGCAUUCUGGGCUUCCACCAUUUCCUUCUUCCUAGCCUUCUUGGGCUGGUUUGCCCUGGCACCUUUGGCGCUCGAGGUGGCCACCAGCAUGGGCACGUGUGAGAAUCAACUUUACCCACCAGAAGACAACCCCAAGCGGGUGGCCUACCUGAAGUACAAGUCACUCAAGACAGGCAAAGCGUACUGCCAGUACGGCAAGAAUGAUGACACCAAUCCCACAGACUGCAAUCCCGUGCCACAGGACAUUUUAGCGAGUGGGACUGCAGACGAGAAGAUGCAGUACCGACCGGGGGUGCUGGCGGACUGUGUUUGCACCCCGGGAACUGAGUGCAAAGACAUCAUCGCAAAUGCAGGAGUGGCUGCUGUGGCAUCGACCAUUUUCGUACGCAUCGCACUUGGCACGUUGUUGGAGCGAUUUGGGCCUGUGAAUGUCCAAUCAGGCCUGAUGACCUUUGGAGCUUUCUGGGUUGCAAUGGCUGCAGCCAUUACAGCGCCCUGGAACUACACCUUGAUCCGCUUCUUCAUUGGGUGCGCAGGAGCUACCUUUGUCACCAACCAGUUUUGGUGCUCUUUGAUGUUUUCCCCAAACGUGGUUGGCACGGCCAAUGCCACAGCAGCUGGCUGGGGGAACUUGGGUGGCGGUGUUACACAGAUUUUUAUGAUCUCUGUGCUGUUCAAUCCAAUGGUGAGUUCUGGCAUGCCAGCAAACACUGCCUGGCGAGUUGCCAUGAUUGUUCCUGCUGUCCUUUUCCUGAUUUGCGCAGCCACCAUGAAACUCUUGUGCUGGGACACACCCACGGCCAAGCGCUUCGAUGUGUCUGUGACUGGUAAGACCCAGAAACCAUCUUUGUGGGACUAUGUCGUGGUGCUGAAAGACAUCCGUGUCAUUGUGAUGAUUUUUCAAUACAGUGCAUGUUUCGGCACCGAACUCGCCAUGAACAACCAACUGGCCACCCAUUUCAGGACCUAUUUCCAAAUGGAUGCGGCAGAUGCAUCAGCCUUGGCAGGAGCUUUUGGCCUCAUGAACCUGUUUGCUAGGUCCCUGGGAGGCAUCACCAGUGACAUCCUCUUCAAGUACGUUGGUUUCCGAGGUCGCAUUUGGGCGCAAUUCUUGGCCCUUUUCUUUGAAGCGGUCUUCCUCUUCUGCUUUGGUAUGGUGGACAGCUCGCAGCCAUGGUAUGUUGCCUUGGCCGUGCUGAUUUGUUUCUCCCUCUUUGUCCAGAUGGCAGAAGGUACAAGCUACGGGAUUGUGCCUUUCAUGAACAAGCAGCAGCUGGCCGUGGUGUCUGCACUGGUUGGGGCUGGCGGAAAUUUGGGAGCUGUUAUCGCUGGGUUUUGCUUCUACAAACCCAUCAACGAUCCGCUGCUUCCUUUCCAGGUCCAUGCAGGCUAUGUCAUGUUUUGGGCUUUGCUGUCCCCUUGCUACUACUGGCGUGAGCAUGGGGGCAUGUUCCACGGCCCAGCUGUGGAUAAGACAUCUGUGGAUAAGACGUCUGUAGAUAAGACGCCUGAGCCAGCUGGGAAGAAGCCCCAGGCUGCAGAAUCCACAGAAACUACCGUAUAA